AGUUUUUUCCUGUUGCUGUUAUUUUCCCAGUUUCAAAAACUCAAUGGGAAAUAUGUGCGGCUGUUUCGAUGGUCCUGGCGCGACCUCAACGAUGCCUCCGCCCGCCACCACUACAACGGUCACCCGUAGCAUGUAUGCGGCCCCUCAGGCUCCCCAAAACUACACCUAUGCUCCUCAGCCACCAAUGAACGAUUACAAACCCGUUGGACCACUGCCUGUAGCCCAACCCCACCAAAUCGUUUUGCCUGAUGGUCGCGUCGCUGUCCUUGGUUCUGAUGGUCGCUACUACCCACUAGCUCAGGGCCAGCAGCAGCUGCCCAUGGCCCAAAACCCGGUGGUGGAGACGACGCACACCACUACUACUAAUACCACCGUUGUGAACUCAGCCCCGGCCCAGGCAGAUGUUGGUCUUGGCACCGCUAUGUUGGCUGGCACUGCUGGCUUCCUCGGGGGUAUGAUGCUGGGAAGCGCCAUGGAGCAACCCUCGACCACUGUGAUCGUCGAGGAACCACCGAUGUACAUCGAUGAAGGCCCUACUAUAAUAGAGGAGACUGUAGUUAUUGAAGAUGACGAUGAUUGGUGAUUGCUUUAGAUAACUAGGACCUGAGUCUCCACGGUAUAGGCCUACACUUGCAGUCUCAGUCCUAUCCUUUGUUUGAAUACGUUUUCCCCUAGGGCCACCUUUAGCCACUGUGAGGGCUUCUGGAGGUCAUGGUUAUGAUGAGGCCACUGCAACUAUCUAUUUAUGUGGUGUACUCAUUCGUUACCCGCAGAUGACGUUUUUUCUAUCGGAGAUCAGUCGCCCGUCUAGCCGAGGCCUCCCGGACGUGUUGGCCAUUGGUGAUAGUUCAUAGCAAGGUUUGUAGUUAUCGAACUGAUUCUCUGCAAA